GGGAACCACGCCAUCCCCGCCCCUUCCCCGGCCGUUUUUGUCGUUCGGCCUCCGUAGCGGCGCGUGCGGCUCUGAUAUCAUCGCGCAGCGACGCGGUUGGGAGCGGCGCCGCGAUGUUCAAGGUAAUGCGUCUGGGGGCUGCACCUGCUAGUCUGAGCUUGCUGUCCAUCCAAGUAUUUGCUUCAUCCUCGGAGAAGGAAACUCCAAAAAAAGAGUUGCUAAAAAUUGAUGAGCUUUCACUCUACUCCUGUCCAACUCACGAGUCUAAAUAUGUGGAGGAACCACACACCCAGUUGGAAGAGGGGAUCUCGUAUUUGCGGCAUUCUGUGGCGCCAUAUACAGCUUGGUGUCAGGAUCUUUACACUAACGCUAUGCCCAAAGUAGAAAGAACUGUUGAACGUGGUAGAGAAAGUUGUGAAUUUCUCAAAAAUCCCCCGCCAGGAUUUUACCCAAGGCUUGGUGUCAUUGGUUUUGCUGGAAUUGUUGGACUGUUUCUUUCUAGAGGCUCAAAAAUAAAGAGGUUGGUGUAUCCAGUGGGCUUCAUGGGGAUUGGUGCCUCGCUAUAUUAUCCACAACAAGCUGUUGCUAUUGCAAAGGUCACUGGUUCAAGGUUGUAUGACUGGAGUCUGCAAGGAUAUGUGGCUGUAGAAUCUCUCUGGAAGGAUAAUCCUAAAAAGAAGAAAUCUGGAAAAAAAGCAAGUGACAAGUCUGAAGCCAGCAAUGACAUACCAGUGGAAGUACACGUCAAUUCAGGUGAAGAAAGAACCAUGAAGUAGAAUGCGCCAUCACUUCCUAUCAAACAGGUGCAUAGAAGAUUUAGACAAGAUCAACAUUUUUCUCUCUCUCUCUCUCUCUC